UUGUGAUUGAAAAGCAUGGCACAUGGACGAAGCAUGACAGCGUGACAACUAACUACAACAUUCGGAUGACUGGUGCCAGCACCGAACGCUUGAAUGGUUGACACCUUGUCAAAUUACAUGCUUUCGGAACUGGAAAGAUAAUGCGCCGAUCGAGGAUCAGCGUGCGACCCAACGUCGCUAGGCCGGGGGGCAAGGGUCUUCCCGGCUCGCAGGGGGGUCAGGACGGUCAGGGGGCAGCAGCUGCGGACACCACCCUUGCGACGGAGACGGAGGGAAAGCAGCCAGACAGCGCAGCGGUGACUGAGCCCGGUCAGCCCGCGGGACAGUCUGCUGAGACGGCAGCAGUGCUGAAUGCCUCCCAGGACACAUCAGCAGAAAAACAUCCCCCUAAUGUGGGUGAAGAAGCUCAGAAUGGGGGUGCUCCUAAUGACGGACCCCCCGCCGCCUCAACGCUGCAGAGGAGGAAACGUUUCUCCGCCAUGCCUAACCUGGCCAAACCUCGGGCAGCCGCUCCAGCAAGGACACCCAUACCCCCUGUCCCAAAGCCUGUUGUGCCACCCACCCCCACAGAACCCCCAGCCACUGCAUCAAGGACACCUGUACCCCUUGUCUCAAAGCCUGACGCCCAACCCACCCCCACAGAACCCCCUGCCCCUGCAUCAAGGACACCCGUACCCCCUGUCCCAAAGCCUGACGCCCCACCCACCCCCACUGACCCCCCCGCUCCCACACCUGAGGCCCAGGCAGCAGGACAGGGCGUCUCUGAGCAGGGUCUGGGGUCCCCCGGUGUGGCUGUUUUCGGGGAUCAGGACGUAUCGCAGGACCGGACAGAACCUGUGUCACCAGUGGCUCCGUCCACUUCCUGUUCGGAACCUGUUAAAAAGAAACGGGUGAGGAAGUCUUCGGAUCGACCGAGCAAAUCACCGGAGAGCAAACCCAGCUGCAGCCAGCCUGACCAAUCGGAGCUGAGCUGUGGGAAGCUGUCGCCAGGCAACGCUUCACCGCAGGCGGGUCCCUCGAUGCAGCAUGAGCCCCUGAAACUGAGGGGUUCCUUGGAGGAUCGUCAGAGGAUCGCCAAGGCCCGAAAGCUGAAGCAGAUGUUGCGGGCGGAGAACAGGAAGGAGAGGAGUCAGAAGAAAAGCAAACACCAUGACUAUGACUACAGCAUGCCUCCAGACCACAGCAAGAUGACAAUGGGGGACCUCAUCCAUUACCUGCCAGAAACCAACCCUAUGAAGUCUGCUGUAAUAGAAGAGGAGAAGGAGCAAGAUGAGAAGUUCAUUCCACAGUCUCCCAGCAACGGGUUACCACAAAGCAAACAGGAAGUGGAUGAGGAGCAGGAGGAGGAGGAAGAGGAAGUUGAUGACGAGGAGAUGUUGGUGCCCAAGGUGAAGGUGGCAGAAGACGGAACGCUGAUAAUCGAUGAGGAAAGCUUGACUGUCCGGGUAAUGAGGGCGAAGGGUCCCACCAUCGUGGAGGGGAAUGACCCCAUCUUCGAGCGCGGCUCCACCACAACCUACACCAGCUUCCGAAACCUGAGCUACACCAAGCCCUGGUCCGACAAAGAGACUGACAUGUUCUUCCUGGCUAUCAGCAUGGUUGGCUCAGACUUCUCCAUGAUCUGCCAGCUCUUCCCUCAUCGCAACCGGAAGGAGGUCAAGAACAAAUUCAAAAGAGAGGAGAAGAUCAACUCCUGGAGAAUUGACAAAGCCUUCAGAGAGAAGAGGCCCUUCGACAUGCAGUUCUUCAACAUGCUGCUGGGACUGGUCUUGGAUGCGGACAAAAAGAAGAAAAACAAGCCCAAACCCAAACCCAAACCAAAACGUUCCCCUGGGGAUAAGCCAAAACCAAAACGAAAAGGUAAGAAAGCUUCUGCGAAGGGAGCCAAGGCGGAGCAGGCCUGCGAUGAUGAUGAGGAGCUGGACGGGGAUGUUGGCGAGGGGGACUUUGAGAAGGAGAACGAGGACUGCUCCAACGUUGCCAAGGCUGAAGACAAAGGCACUAAGAAGAGGCAGAAGCGCGUGAAGAAAAGCGAGGGAGAGGAGGAGGAGGAGGAGGAGGAGGAGGACUUGACCAAAAAACCAGACGGAGUGAAGAAAAAACGUCAGAAAAAAAUGGCAAAUGGCAAGAAGAAUUCAGCCAAUGAUGUCGUGCUGGACGGAGAUGUUGCCGAGGGCGACCUGGAGACGGCGGAGAAGGAGAAAGAGGACUGCUCCAACACAGGCGAGGCUAAAGACGCAAACAAAGACACGAAGAAGAGGCGCAAGCGGGUGAAAAAGGGCGAGGAAGAGGAGCAGGAGGCGGAGGAGGCCGACCCAACCGAAAAACAAGAAGAUGGGGCGAAGAAAAAACGGAGGAAAAAAAUACCAAAUGGCAAGAAAGCCUCAAUAGAGGGAGCUGAUGAUGAGCCUCCGGCUCCUGAUGCUGCCACGGAUGACUUGGGAAGGAGUGAAGAGAAGAAUGAUGACUGCUCCAACACUGCCAAAGCCACAAGAAGGAAACGCAAACGCACAAUGAAGGCUGAGGAAGAGGAGGAGCAGGAGGAAGAGGAGCCUGAUUCAUCCGGAAAGAAAGCAGAUGGAAAAAGGAGAAAACGGAGCAAAAAAGAUCCAGAUGCAGACAGAGUCGAUGUUGAUGUCCCAGAAGCUGAUGUUGAAAAUGGCCAAUUGGAUGCUGAAGAGGCCAAGGGGUCGGAGACGAUGGGCAGCACAGCUGAGGGAAAGCCGGAUAAGCCGGCCCGGAACGCCAGAGCGAAGGCCAAGCCCAACCUGGAGCGAGGGAGACAGACAAAGAGCAUCCCAGACACUGAGGAGGAGACCAUCGACAGCAGCAGGAGAGAGGAGGAGGAGACCUUCGACAGCAGCAGGAGAGAGGAGGAGACCUUCGACAGCAGCAGGAGAGAGGAGGAGGAGGAGAAGGAGACCAUCGACAGCAGCAGGAGAGAGGAGGAGGAGACCAUCGACAGCAGCAGGAGAGAGGAGGAGGAGGAGGAGACCAUCAACAGCAGCAGGAGAGAGGAGGAGGAGGAGGAGACCAUCGACAGCAGCAGGAGAGAGGAGGUGGAGGACCAGGAGGAUGGUGACUUUCUCCCUGAGAUUUCUGACAGCGGCGCUAUUCCGGAGGGUAAAUCUGUGAUUGACGGGAGCGCAGCCCCUCCCUUUGAAGAGGACAGUCCCGAGGCAGACCAGCAGGGGGCGUUGGGUGUCUCAGCCACAGAGGGACAAGAGCUGAUUAAGAACACCAGGAAAAGGGUUGAAGGACAGGAGUCCCCACGCUCUUCUCUUCCACCCCCUGAGCCCGCCUCCCCCGCCAAAGUGGUGCAGCCAGAAAUGAGGCCGUGGCCCAGUGUGGGGGUGUGUCAGGAGAGCCAGCCCUCGAGCGAACUGAGGAUGGGGGAACACAGGGAUGAAGGGCGGUGGGAACCAGAGCUGGAGGAGGUAGAGGAGGAGGAGGAAGAGUGGGCUUCUCCCGCUCACACAGAGGAAGAGGAUGAGGAACAGGUGCUGCUGCCCCUUGGCCUACGUUCACUGGAGCUGUUGUCCAAUGAGCUGGAGUUCCUUGCGGGUGUGCCUGAAGCCCCGGGCACUGGACCGUCUGCAGAUUCCCUGUGCUCUGAGCCCGGAUGCGAGGGGGCAGUGGAGCAGGGUGUGAACCUGAACCUGCUGCUGGACGACGUGAUGGAGUCUUUAUCCCCGCAUUUUGUUGCAGGAACGCACACCGAGGAGAACGAUGACGAGGUGGCCAGGACUCUCCUGACCCUUGGCGACCCUGACCUGCACUUCCUGUCUGCAGCCGCACCCAUCCCAGAAAUCGCGAGCGCUCCGGACCCACCCUCUCAGCCCCCAGCGGAAGAGCAGAAACCUGAGUCCGAGCAAGCUGACCAAUUGCAGCGCAGCAGUGACCCCCCGCAGAAUGUGACCUCUGACCUCCCCGUUGCACUUGCUCCCAUAAAUGAGGCUGAAACGCAUCCUAUGGAAGAGCCCGGAAGACCAGAGGAGAGCGAGGGAGCGACUGGCACCAGGAAUGUGGCCCAGGACAGUGAGACCCCGCAUUCGGACCCCUUGGUCCUGAGCAGCGUCCCCCAGGGCAGGAGAAUCCGGUUCCCCAAACCCAGACCCAACCUGGGCCAGGCCUCCCGUGCCUCCUGCACCCCUCUGAGACAGACCCCCGCACCCCCCAGCCCAGGUACCGUCACCUGUGCUGUGGACCCAGCGCCCUCGACCUCCACUGAGGUGAAGAGAGGCCAAAUCUCAGAUGAGGAGAGUGCCUCCGUAUCAAACCAGGGAGAGGCGUCUGGCUCAGAGGAGCUCUGGAAGCCUGGAGCUUUCAGCUCUCAGAGUGAGACCCCAUGUUGGCACUCCUCGGUCCAGACCAGCACCCCCUCAGGGAGGAGGAGCCGGCUCCCCAAACCUCGCCCCAACUUGGGUCCGAUGAUCCGUGCACCCCGCCCCACUCUGUCCCAGACCCCCGCACCCCCCGAACCAGACGAUGACUACAGUCACUCUCUUCCGGAAGCCUCCGGCACUGCGACUCCCGUUCAGAAAGCUCCGACCUGCAGGAACACUGACCGGAGUGUCCAAGUCUUUUAUCAGAAGGCUCUGACUGAGGCCCCAACCGAACAGCAGACUACUGAGACAGAUGGGACCGCCGUGGUUGAAGCUGGAGCUGGCCACAGCAGUUUCGGCACCCCGGAGGCCUCCUCUCAGCCCUACCCUGGUCCCUCUUUCACAGACCUGGCCCCUGGGACAGGAGGGGAGGGGACUGUAUGUGAGACCCCGGCCAACACUGGCGUACCCCAGGGGCCCACUCUCAACCAGAAUGAGGCGGUUCGGAAGGACAAGGUUCACGAGGACGAGGGCGCUUCAUUAUCCGCAGAUACAUCUGGGCCGGCUGCCGGAAUCGAAGCCACAAGCAUCUGUGACGUUGCUGACACAAGUGCUUUCGUCACCUCGGAGUGCAUGGAAGGACUCUCCUGGGCGGAUGUUGGCGAGGAGGAGCCUACAUUUAUCCUGACUCUGUUUGAGAUCCCACUCCCGGAGUCCGGAGAGUACCAGAACGGGCCAGAGGUGCUGGAUCCGGCCAGAGAGAACCCGGUCUCCUCGAUGGUCGUGGAUCCACAGUCCUUACCGCCGCCGGCAGCGCCUGAGCCACAGAAUUGUGAGGAAGCGGAGGAGUCAGGGAGUGGCUCAGUCUCUCACCUGGUCCUGAGCAACGCCCUCAUACCUGUCUGUGAGGAGCAGGAAGAGGGACCAGCGCAGCACUGGACCGGCCUGCAGGAACAGCACCCCCUCUCUGAGCCCUCCCACACUGCAGGAGAGAUGGUGCCAGAGUCACAUGACCAGGCGGCGGAGUCACAUGACCAGGCGGCGGAGUCACAUGACCAGGUGCAGUCUGGGACAGAUGAGGCGAGUGAGAGGGACACACCAUCCCAACAGAAGAGUAAACUGCCCGCCAGGACCAGGAGGGGUAAGGUGCAGGUGAAGCCGUGUGUUACCCUGAAGAAACUCAGAGGCCCCGCCCACACACAACCCGGCCCCGCCCACACCUCACCUGAGCCACGCCCCCCUACAGCGCCUCACCCUGAUUCCCAGCAGGAGGAGCCCACUGCAGCCUCUGAGCUGCUGCAGGGGAUUGUGGGCCGCUCAGACCUCCCACAGGAGGAAGGGGGUGUGGCAAAAGAGGAGGGCAGUGGUGGAGGGGAGGAGACUCCACUGGCCUAUCACAGCACACAGGACAGCUGUGAGUCUCUGUCAGUGGGAGUGUCGGAGGCAGGGUCAGGGUGUGGCUCAGUCACUCACCUGGUCCUGAGCCACGCCCUCAUACCUGUCUGUGAGGAGCAGGAAGAGGGACCAGCGCAGGACUGGACUGGCCUGCAGGAACAGCACCCCCUCUCUGAGCCCUCCCACACUGCAGGAGAGAUGGUGCCAGAGUCACAUGACCAGGAGGCAGAGUCACAUGACCCAGUGCAUGCUGGGACAGAUGGGGCAAGUGAGAGGGACACACCGUCCCAAGAGAAGAGUAAACUGCCCGCCAGGACCAGGAGGGGUAAGCUGCAGGUGAAGCCGUGUGUUACUCUGACGAAACUCAGAGGCCCCGCCCACACACAACCAGGCCCCGCCCACACCUCACCUGAGCCACGCCCCCCUACAGCACCUCACCCUGAUUCCCAGCAGGAGGAGCCCACUGCAGCCUCUGAGCUGCUGCAGAGGAUUGUGGGCCACUCAGACCUCCCACAGGAGGAAGGGGUGGUGGCAAAAGAGGAGAGCAGUGGUGGAGGGGAGGAGACUCCGCUGGCCUAUCACAGCACACAGGACAGCUGUGAGUCUCUGUCAAUGGGAGUGGUGGAGGCAGGGUCAGGGUGUGGCUCAGUCACUCACCUGGUCCUGAGCGACGCCCUCAUACCUGUCUGUGAGGAGCAGGAAGAGGGACCAGCGCAGCACUGGACCGGCCUGCAGGAACAGCGCCCCCUCUCUGAGCCCUCCCACACUGCAGGAGAGAUGGUGCCACAGUCACAUGACCAGGCGGUAGAGUCACAUGACCAGGCGGCAACGUCACAUGACCUGGCAACAGAGUCACAUGACCUAGUGACAGACGGGGCGAGUGAGAGGGACACACCGUCCCAAGAGAAGAGUAAACUGCCUGCCAGGACCAGGAGGGGUAAGCUGCAGGUGAAGCCGUGUGUUACUCUGAGGAAACUCAGAGGCCCCGCCCACACACAACCUGGCCCUGCCCACACCUGCCCACAGCCACGCCCCCCUACAGUGCCUCACCCUGAUUCCCAGCAGGAGGAACCCGCUGCAGCCUCUGAGCUGCUGCAGGGGAUUGUGGGCCACUCAGACCUCCCACCGGAAGAAGGGGGUGUGGCAAAAGAGGAGAGCAGUGGUGGAGGGGAGGAGACUCCGCUGGCCUAUCACAGCACACAGGACAGCUGUGAGUCUCUGUCAAUGGGAGCGGAGGAGUCAGGGUGUGGCUCAGUCACUCACCUGGUCCUGAGCCACGCCCUCAUACCUGUCUGUGAGGAGCACGAAGAGGGACCAGCGCAGCACUGGACUGGCCUGCAGGAACAGCGCCCCCUCUCUGAGCCCUCCCACACUGCAGGAGAGAUGGUGCCAGAGUCACAUGACCCGGCGGCGGAGUCACUUGACCCAGUGCAUGCUAGGACUGACGGGGCGAGUGAGAGGGACACACCGUCCCAAGAGAAGAGUAAACUGCCCGCCAGGACCAGGAGGGGUAAGCUGCAGAUGAAGCCGUGUGUUACUCUGAGGAAACUCAGAGGCCCCGCCCACACCUCACCUGAGCCACGCCCGCCUACAGCGCCUCACCCUGAUUCCCAACAGGAGGAGCCCACUGCAGCCUCUGAGCCGCUGCAGGGGAUUGUGGGCCACUCAGACCUCCCACCGGAAGAAGGGGGUGUGGCAAAAGAGGAGAGCAGUGGUGGAGGGGAGGAGACUCCGCUGGCCUAUCACAGCACACAGGACAGCUGUGAGUCUCUGUCAAUGGGAGCGGAGGAGUCAGGGUGUGGCUCAGUCACUCACCUGGUCCUGAGCCACGCCCUCAUACCUGUCUGUGAGGAGCAGGAAGAGGGACCAGCGCAGCACUGGACCGGCCUGCAGGAACAGCGCCCCCUCUCUGAGCCCUCCCACACUGCAGGAGAGAUGGUGCCAGAGUCACAUGACCAGGCGGCGGAGUCACAUGACCAGGCGGCAAAGUCACAUGACCUGGCUGCAAAGUCACAUGACCUGGCAACAGAGUCACAUGACCUAGUGACAGACGGGGCGAGUGAGAGGGACACACCAUCCCAGGAGAAGAGUAAACUGCCUGCCAGGACCAGGAGGGGUAAGCUGCAGGUGAAGCCGUGUGUUACUCUGAGGAAACUCCGAGGCCCCGCCCACACACAACCUGGCCCCGCCCACACCUCACCUGAGCCACGCCCCCCUACAGCGCCUCACCCUGAUUCCCAGCAGGAGGAGCCCACUGCAGCCCCUGAGCUGCUGCAGGGGAUUGUGGGCCGCUCAGACCUCCCACAGGAGGAAGGGGGUGUGGCAAAAGAAGAGAGCAGUGGUGGAGGGGAGGAGACUCCGCUAGCCUAUCGCAGCACACAGGACAGCUGUGAGUCUCUGUCAAUGGGAGCGGAGGAGUCAGGGUGUGGCUCAGUCACUCACCUGGUCCUGAGCCACGCCCUCAUACCUGUCUGUGAGGAGCAGGAAGAGGGACCAGCGCAGCACUGGACCGGCCUGCAGGAACAGCGCCCCCUCUCUGAGCCCUCCCACACUGCAGGAGAGAUGGUGCCAGAGUCACAUGACCAGGCGGCGGAGUCACAUGACCAGGCGGCGGAGUCACAUGACCAGGCGGCAAAGUCACAUGACCUGGCUGCAAAGUCACAUGACCUGGCAACAGAGUCACAUGACCUGGCAACAGAGUCACAUGACCUAGUGACAGACGGGGCGAGUGAGAGGGACACACCAUCCCAGGAGAAGAGUAAACUGCCUGCCAGGACCAGGAGGGGUAAGCUGCAGGUGAAGCCGUGUGUUACUCUGAGGAAACUCCGAGGCCCCGCCCACACACAACCUGGCCCCGCCCACACCUCACCUGAGCCACGCCCCCCUACAGCGCCUCACCCUGAUUCCCAGCAGGAGGAGCCCACUGCAGCCCCUGAGCUGCUGCAGGGGAUUGUGGGCCGCUCAGACCUCCCACAGGAGGAAGGGGGUGUGGCAAAAGAAGAGAGCAGUGGUGGAGGGGAGGAGACUCCACUGGCCUAUCACAGCACACAGGACAGCUGUGAGUCUCUGUCAAUGGGAGCGGAGGAGUCAGGGUGUGGCUCAGUCACUCACCUGGUCCUGAGCCACGCCCUCAUGCCUGUCUGUGAGGAGCAGGAAGAGGGACCAGGGCAGCACUGGACUGGCCUGCAGGAACAGCGCCCCCUCUCUGAGCCCUCCCACACUGCAGGAGCGAUGGUCCCAGAGUCACAUGACCCGGCGGCAACAUCACAUGACCAGGCGGCAGAGUCACAUGACCCAGUGACAGACGGGGCGAGUGAGAGGGACACACCGUCCCAAGAGAAGAAUAAACUGCCCGCGAGGACCAGGAGGGGUAAGCUGCAGGUGAAGCCGUGUGUUACUCUGAGGAAACUCAGAGGCCCCGCCCACACACAACCUGGCCCUACCCACACCUCACCUGAGCCACGCCCACCUACAGCGCCUCACCCUGAUUCCCAGCAGGAGGAGCCCACUGCUGCCUCUGAGCUGCUGCAGGGGAUUGUGGGCCACUCAGACCUCCCACAGGAGAAAGGGGGUAUGGCAAAAGAAGAGAGCAGUGGUGGAGGGGAGGAGACUCCGCUGGCCUAUCGCAGCACACAGGACAGCUGUGAGUCUCUGUCAGUGGGAGCAGAGGAGUCAGGGUGUGGCUCAGUCUCUCACCUGGUCCUGAGCGACGCCCUCAUACCUGUCUGUGAGGAGCAGGAAGAGGGACCAGCGCAGCACUGGACCGGCCUGCAGGAACAGCGCCCCCUCUCUGAGCCCUCCCACACUGCAGGAGAGAUGGUCCCAGAGUCACAUGACCAGGCGGCAGAGUCACAUGACCAGGCGGCAGAGUCACAUGACCAGGCGGCAACGUCACAUGACCAGGCGGCAACGUCACAUGACCAGGCGGCAGAGUCACUUGACCCAGUGACAGACGGGGCGAGUGAGAGGGACACACUGUCCCAACAGAAGAGUAAACUGCCCGCCAGGACCAGUGGGGGUAAGCUGCAGGUGAAGCCGUGUGUUACUCUGAGGAAACUCAGAGGCCCCGCCCACACACAACCCGGCCCCGCCCACACCUCACCUGAGCCACGCCCCCCGACAGCGCCUCACCCUGAUUCCCAGCAGGAGGAGCCCACUGCAGCCUCUGAGCUGCUGCAGGGGAUUGUGGGCCACUCAGACCUCCCACAGGAGGAAGGGGGUGUGGCAAAAGAGGAGAGCAAUGGUGGAGGGGAGGAGACUCCACUGGCCUAUCACAGCACACAGGACAGCUGUGAGUCUCUGUCAGUGGGAGUGUUGGAGGCAGGGUCAGGAUGUGGCUCAGUCACUCACCUGGUCCUGAGCCACGCCCUCAUUCCUGUCUGUGAGGAGCAGGAAGAGGGACCAGCGCAGCACUGGACUGGCCUGCAGGAACAGCACCCCCUCUCUGAGCCCUCCCACACUGCAGAAGAGAUGGUGCCAGAAUCACUUGACCAGGCGGCAGAGUCACAUGACCCAGUGCAUGCUGGAACAGAUGGGGCGAGUGAGAGGGACACACCGUCCCAAGAGAAGAGUAAACUGCCCGCCAGGACCAGGAGGGGUAAGCUGCAGGUGAAGCCGUGUGUUACUCUGAGGAAACUCAGAGCUCCCGCCCACACACAACCCGGCCCCGCCCACACCUCACCUGAGCCACGCCCCCCUACAGCGCCUCACCCUGAUUCCCAGCAAGAGGAGCCCACUGCAGCCUCUGAGCUGCUGCACGGGAUUGUGGGCCACUCAGACUUCCCACAGGAGGAAGGGGAUGUGGCAAAAGAGGAGAGCAGUGGUGGAGGGGAGGAGACUCCACUGGCCUAUCACAGCACACGGGACAGCUGUGAGUCUCUGUCAGUGGGAGCGGAGGAGUCAGGGUGUGACUCAGUCACUCACCUGGUCCUGAGCCACGCCCUCAUACCUGUCUGUGAGGAGCAGGAAGAGGGACCAGCGCAGCACUGGACCAGCCUGCAGGAACAGCACCCCCUCUCUGAGCCCUCCCACACUGCAGGAGAGACGGCCGUAGAUGCAGAGGCAGAAGACCACAGCAGUCAGAUUGCAGACCUGGCGGCAGAGUCACUUGACCAGCCUGGGAUGGACAGGGCGAGUGAAAGGGACACACCGUCCCAAGAGAAGAGUAAACUGCCCGCCAGGACCAGCAGGGGUAAGCUGCAGUUGAAGCCGUGUGUUACUCUGAGGAAACUCUCUGUGAGGGAAGAGCUGGACCUUUCUGAAGCAGAGCAGCCUGGCCCCGCCCACACACAACCUGGCCCCGCCCACACACAACCUGGCCCCGCCCACAUGUCCCCACCAACAGCACCACACCCUGACGCCCAGCAGGAGGAGCCCCCCGUAGGGGAGCUGCCACAGGGGUUUGUGGGCUGCUCAGUACUCCCACAGGAGGAAGGGGGCAUUGCAGCUGGAGCAGAAGAGGAGAGCAGCGAUGGAGGGGAGGAGCCUCUGCUACCCUAUCACAGCACACCUCAGUCUACAAGCAGCACACUGACACGGUCUGGACGAGCGCCCAGAGGGUUCCUCUCCUUCCUCUCUGGCGAUGGUGGAGCUGGACAUGCGUCCCGUGCUGCCAGGCCCAUAUCCCAUAAGCCCCUGGUGAAUACCUCGCGUACGGGGAGGAAGAGGGUUACCGGAGACACGGUUGUCACAGAAACAUCCGUCCACGACCCUCCCGACACCUCACCCCCCACCGACGUCAGGGCUAGCACCUCCCUCAGCCAGCCCUCUCCUGAGUCGGCCAACCCGCAGGUUUCGGCGCCUGCUGAGGGCGAGUUUCUCUGCGCGAGGCCUUCAGAGGCUGAAGAAGAGCCCACCAAGGUGUCCGAGUUCUACUUCCAGGACAUCUUCACCGAGGUCCAGGAGUCGGACUGAGACCGCGGCCCCCUACGCGGGAUCUCUGCUGGUCUCACCCCCCUGUCUUACCACAUCAGCCACAAAUAAUGUGCAUAAAACCUGCAUUUAUAUAUUUAUUUAUUUAUUUACAUUGCGAUGCACUGCUGUGAAGUGAUCAGACUGUGUCAGAGGUGGAAAAUCCAGGUUCAGAAAGCAAAGGUUAUUUUGUUACAAUCACCUGGAUUUGGCGAUUUUUUUCAGUCAGGAACGGGGAGAACAAAUUAGUUGAAAUCAUGGGUGGAAGAACCUUAUAGCAGGACUUUUACUUUCUGACCCCUGGACUGUCCACCUCUGCUAUGUGUGGAUCUCUCACUGCAGGUAUUAAGCUAAAAUUGGUUUGUUGUUAUUCCUGUGUAGAAGCAGACAGGUAGAAGCUCUCAGGUGUAGUGUAUCCUCUGAGAAUGUGCAACAGUACUUGAACAGUAGUGUUUAACAAUGUGCAACAGUAAUGCACUGCAUGAUGGCAUUAUUCCCAGCAAUGGUCCAUCAUGCAGCUUCAGUACAAGUCUUUUCAUUUUCAUAGUCGGUUAGCGCCUAGUUUGUUUUAAUAACUGAGAUGUUACUUCAGUAACUAAUAGACAUCCUUAUCUGCUCCUUUCAUAGCAAUUUUGAAGUUGUCAUGAAGAUGAGCCAUUUAUUAUCUGUUUUUUUUUAUCAUUAGUAAAGCAUAAAGUGCUGGAAAUAUAAUACACAAGCCACAGUCUUAGCAAAGCCAAAAAUAACUUCUUAAUAGGGAGUACCUCUUACUGUGUGUGGAAGGAGGUGUGUGUUCCUUUAUUGGAAUAUCUUUUUCCUUUUGGUACAGUACACUAACGGGUUGGAAUUACAUUACAUUACAUGGCAUUUAGGGAAUGAAUGCAAAAGCUACACUACAACAAAAUCUUCCACCAUGAAGCAGACCUGUUAUUUUUACAAUGUUUAAAAAGCAGGUUCAGAUAAUCCACAAAACCAUGGCUUAGUGGCCUAAAAUGUGUUUCCUAAAAUGUAGCCAUAUUACUACACUAAUGUGUUUUCUACAAAUCCCUGUCUUUUGUGCCUUUGUUAUUUCUUUGCGUGGCUUUUUUAUUAAGAAUGUUAUGUUCAUGGCGACUGGAAAAACUUUGUCUCAACUAAUAUAGGAACAAAAUCCGCUGACUUGAAAUGACCUGCUCAUGCAUUCGAGCUGACCUUUUGCAUUUACAGUGAGUGUAAGUGUUAUAAUAUUUAGACAGGGAUCAUUGAAGUAUUCAGAUUAGAGUGGUUUAUUUUGCUAAUGAGUAUAGCGAAAAUCUAGAUUUUUUUUAUGCUCCUGAUACUGCGAUGCUUCUGCCUUAAAAUGUAUUGUCCUCAGCAUAUUUGUCACUUUAAAAAGAGGUUUAAAAGCUUCUUUGAGUCUUCCGGAUCAAAAUGGUGCCACUCCUAACCUUUUACUUGAUUCUUUGUUAGAAGUGACUUUUUACUUACUUAUUUUAUGACUGUUUACCUUUGAUUAGAUAGAUGAGACAUGCAUUGGAGGAAUGGUUCCUUUUGUGUCUUUUUUCUUUUCUUAAGUAUUCUUGUUGAUGAAGUUGACAUACCUCCCAUUAUUUUCUUUGCAUCAAAGUUUGUUUACAUGGUCCAGUUAUGCAGAGUUUGAAAGUUGCUGCUCAGGAAAUAAAGAAGAUGCGUGCUAACAGUGAUUGUUUUGGAAGUACAUUUCCAGUUUCCCCUCACAUAUACAAAUACCAUAUUUUAUCUGCUGCAAGAAUUAAUUUUGUAAAGGAGGGAAGAAAGGGAAAGUCCUGUUGAAUGUCCUAUAUAUUUUUUUGUUUGUAAAAAUUGACAUUUAAGUUGAUGCUACCUGGUGUUGCCUUAUUAAAUGUGUUUUUCUACAGAACUGAAGCAUAAGCAUGCACUUUUAUGGUGUUAUGUUAUCACGAUAACAUAACACACUUGCAUCGUGAAGAGUUCUGUUGUAAAGGAUGGUCUGACAUUUACCAAAGUGGAAAAUCCAGGUUCCGAAAAUAAAAGUCCUCCCCAGUAUUUAGUUCCAAUCACCUGGAUUUGGUAAUUGGCACAAUUUGUCAAUCAGGUAGAACUAACUGGUGAAAUUUGCUUCUGGGUGGACCCAUGGGUGGAAGAAACACACGGCAGGACUUGUGGCCCCUGGAUUUCCACCACUGGAAUUUUCAGUGCCUGCUAUUUGCAUCAGUUUGAUACAUUGCUGUGAAUGACCUUCGACUGUGAUGAUAAUUGCUGGUUAUGGCACAUUUCAGUUCUUUAUUCUGUACUCUUGUUUUUCAGCUCCUUGUUCAGUGUCCCUGGAGUGAUGUCUGUAGUUGCUCACAGAACUAGAAUGUGUUUUCCCCCCAUUUACUUAAUGUUAUUUUAUUUAUUGAUUGCCUGUUAUAUUUUACUGGAGAUGGCUUUAGUUUUAAAGUUAAAAAUUCAGACAAUGUAGCUAUGAGUUUACACAGCUAUACUGUGGAGUUUAUAUUUUUCUUGGAAGGUAUUGAUACCCAAACUUCUAGGUAAGGAAAAUGCUCCAUAUAAGACGUUUGUUUGCCAUUUAGCUGAAUUUGCAUACAAUAAAUAUUUUUUAUGAGUGUGUGA